AAAGCCCUCCACGACAGUCCCGGCGCUUUGCGGCCAGCCGCGCGCGUGCUGAUGUGUCGGGGAGGCGGGGCUCAGGGAAGUGAUCCGUCGGACGCACCUUGCUCCCGCGCCGCGUCUGUGGCGGUGUUACCUCCUUGGAGCCAUGGCGGUGUCUGCCCGGUCCGCGCGGGCCCCGUCGGACUCACAUAAAGUACAGAAAGACAAGGCUGGACAGACUUCAGGGCCCUGUCAGGGCAGCGGAAUGGCGAAACUCUUGGGUUUUGAGUGGACAGAUGUUUCCAGCUGGGGGAGGCUGGUGACCCUGCUGAACCGACCAACGGAUCCUGCCAGCCUGGCCGUCUUCCGUUUUCUCUUUGGGCUGAUGAUGGUGUUGGACAUUCCCCAGGAACGGGGGCUCAGCUCCCUAGACCGAAGAUACCUGGAUGGGCUGGAGGUGUGCCGCUUCCCCUUGCUGGAUGCCCUGCAGCCACUACCACUUGACUGGAUGUAUCUUGUCUAUACCAUCAUGUUUCUGGGGGCACUGGGCAUGAUGCUGGGCCUGUGCUACCGGAUAAGCUGUGUGUUAUUCCUGCUGCCAUACUGGUAUGUGUUUCUCCUGGACAAGACGUCAUGGAACAACCACUCCUAUCUGUAUGGUUUGUUGGCCUUUCAGCUGACAUUCAUGGAUGCGAACCACUACUGGUCUGUGGACGGCCUGCUGAAUGCCCGUAAGCGGAAUGCCCACGUGCCCCUUUGGAACUAUGCUGUGCUGCGGGGCCAGAUCUUCAUUGUGUACUUCAUUGCGGGUGUGAAAAAGCUGGACGCAGACUGGGUUGAAGGCUAUUCCAUGGAGUACCUGUCCCGGCACUGGCUCUUCAGUCCCUUCAAACUGGUAUUGUCCGAGGAGAUGACUAGUCUGCUAGUGGUGCACUGGUGUGGACUGCUGCUCGACCUCUCAGCCGGUUUCCUGCUCUUCUUUGAUGCCUCGAGGUCCAUUGGCCUCCUCUUCGUGUCCUACUUCCACUGCAUGAAUUCCCAGCUUUUCAGCAUCGGUAUGUUCCCCUACGUCAUGCUCGCCAGCAGCCCUCUCUUCUGCUCCCCUGAGUGGCCCCGGAAGCUAGUAUCUCACUUCCCUGAAAGGCUGCAAGAACUGCUGCCCCUCAAGGCUGCCCCUCAGCCCAGUGUGUCCUGCGUGUAUAAGAAGAGCCGAGCCAAAGGUGGCCAGAAGCCAGGGCUGCGCCAUCAGCUCGGUGCCACCUUCACCCUGCUCUACCUCCUGGAGCAGCUCUUCCUGCCCUAUUCUCAUUUCCUCACCCAGGGCUAUAACAACUGGACAAAUGGGCUGUAUGGCUAUUCCUGGGACAUGAUGGUACACUCGCGCUCCCACCAGCACGUGAAGAUCACCUACCGUGACGGCCGCACUGGCGAGCUGGGCUACCUUAACCCUGGGGUAUUCACACAGAGCCGACGAUGGAAGGAUCAUGCAGACAUGCUGAAGCAAUAUGCUACUUGCCUGAGCCAACUGCUUCCCAAGUACAAUGUCACUGAGCCCCAGAUCUACUUUGAUAUUUGGGUCUCCAUCAAUGACCGCUUCCAGCAGAGGAUUUUUGAUCCUCGUGUGGACAUCGUGCAGGCCGCCUGGUCCCCAUUCCAGCGUACAUCUUGGCUGCAGCCACUGUUGAUGGACCUGUCUCCCUGGAGGACCAAGUUACAGGAAAUCAAGAGCAGCCUGGACAACCACACUGAGGUGGUUUUCAUUGCAGAUUUCCCUGGGCUGCACCUGGAGAAUUUUGUGAGUGAAGACCUGGGCAACACUAGCAUUCAGCUGCUGCAGGGGGAGGUGAUUGUGGAGCUGGUGGCAGAACAAAAGAAUCAGACUCUUCAGGAGGGAGAAAAAAUGCAGUUGCCUGCUGGUGAGUACCAUAAGGUAUAUACGAUGUCACCCAGUCCUUCCUGCUACAUGUACAUCUAUGUCAACACUACGGAGCUUGCACUGGAGCAAGACCUGGCAUAUCUGCAAGAAUUAAAGGAGAAGGUGGAGAAUGGAACUGAAAUGGGGCCUCUACCUCCAGAACUGCAACCUCUGCUGGAAGGGGAAGUAAAAGGGGGCCCUGAGCCAACACCUCUGGUUCAGACUUUUCUUAGACGCCAGCGACGGCUCCAAGAGCUUGAACGCCGGAGAAAUACCCCUUUCCACGAGCGGCUCUUCCGCUUCUUGCUACGGAAGCUCUAUAUCUUUCGCCGCAGCUUCCUGAUGACUUGUAUCUCACUUCGAAAUCUGGUAUUAGGCCGCCCUUCCCUGGAGCAGCUGGCCCAAGAGGUGACUUAUGCAAACUUGCGACCCUUUGAGCCAGUUGGAGAGUCAAGUCAUUCAAACACAGAUUCUUCGAAUUCUGAUCCCCCUGAGCCAAAUUCUGACCCUGUGCACUCAGAGUUCUGAGGGGGGGCAGAUGUUGGGUACAGAUGUGGGAGCAGCCAGUCAUAGGACCAUCAACCUAUGCAUUGGAAAUGUGAAGAAAUUGAUAUUUUAUAUAUUUUUCUUCUUUAUUCAUAGUUCUUUUAAAUUCAGAGAGGAUAUCUUAGAGGAGCCAAGAAAGUAAAGCAAGGAUAAAAUUUAUCAAUUCAAGUUUGAGGGGCUAGGACAGCCAUUCUAGGAUAAAGGGCUAAGAGUCAGGUUUAAAGUGACCAGCUCCUUGGGGAAAGAGAUUUAUGUGCCAUGAUAACAAUAAUGCCAAACUAUUCUCAAGUACUUGUUAUAUGCCUUCAUUAUUUCAUUUAACCCUUAGUGGCCAUUAGUCCCCUAUUUUACAGUUGGAGAAAGUAAGGCUCAGAGAUCAUAUAAUUUCAAAGACAACCCUCAUAAGAGAUGUACCCUGCCUCUUGUAAUUUGCAGACUCACGGACAAGAAUCAUGAAAUAGUGUUAGCCUAAAACUUGUCUUGUUAAUUACAGGUAAGAUUAGGAUGGUGGUCAAGUUCUAAACGCACAGUAAUUUUCUCUUCCCUACUGUUGUGGUUCCUUUAUUGUUCCUAUUAUAGCCAGUGAGUUUUUCAGUAGCAGCUAUGAGAAUAGGUAGAACCAAGUUAAAUAAGGAAAUUUAGAUGAUUGGUACUAGCUCUCUCAAAAUAAGCUUUAGCAUUCUCUCAAAAUUAAAUUUUAGCAUCCUUCUACCCUUUCGUGAGCACAAAGUGAUGUAAAGAGAAUUAACCAAACUUGGUGAGGGAUUAAGGCAUGUUUGCCGUUAUUUUGUAGGCUUCGAUGUACAGGGGGACUCAGGAGGCACCUCAAUUCCUUGAAAACUCAAAAGCCUGGCAUUGGGCUAGAAAGUAAGAAUGCAUAGAGAAAAAGGAAGAAAAAAGGCCCCUGCUCUGGGUGCUCAUGGUCUUGCAGUAAAGACGGUCAUGGCAGUAUAUUGGCAGUCCCAGUAACUUUGAUAAAGGAUUACAUCUGUGUUUUCAGGCUUCGCUUCCCAUGCCUCACCCCACCCCACCCUACCCUACUUCCUUGGACAGUGGUCUCAGGAGGUCUUUCCUAGGCAGCUGCCUUCUCACUGUACAUACUUGGGAUGAUGAUGUCCUCUCCAGUGGUUUCCAGUGAUGCUGCUUAAAUUUCCCUCCUGCGCCCUAGACCUAUGUAUCUAACUAGCUCCAUCUGGAUAUCCCACAAAGCUUUCAAACUCUAACAACUUCUAUUCAUCCCCAACUCAGGCCUCCUUCUCAUUAGUGAAUGGCAUUUUUUGACCAAGCCACCUGAGUCCUCAGCCUUGAUUCUUCCUUUUUUCUCACAUUUCUUAAAUUUCAAGUUGCAUGAGUUCUAGCUCUUGAAUCUAUUCAUUUCUACUACCUCUGCGUUCUAGUUGGAGACAGACCUGAGCAGAUACAGUUGUGCAAGUUGGGCCUGAAUAAGGGCAUCCCACUGAAGUCAAGUGGGACCUCAUUCUUACAAGGCAUUUGUGUGGGUUAGCUAGCAAUAACAGUGCCACGAGGUAUCUUGGUCACUUGAUAAGUGUGGGGGAAACACUGGUUUUCAAGUUUUGCAGAUCUGUGACACAAUACACCUCGGCACCAUGUCCUUUUAAGUUCAGCCAUCUCUUCCCCUGCAGUCCCCCCACGCCCUGCCCAUUACAUGACUGGUAUUUGGGGAAGGGACUCCGUGGUAGUUGUAAUAUAGGCAAGGAUGCUACUGUCCCAAACCUGUUAGUGCAUCACCUCUUCUUCCCAAUGAAAAUGUUGGGAUGGGAUGGAGAGGACAGGUGGUCAUCUUAAUACUGUUUAAGAAAAGCUAUUCAACAGUAAAUCUGGAUUCAGAUUUCACUAGAAAUCAGGUCUUGUGCAGCUGUUAUGGAAAUGGACUAUCAAUGUCCUUUUUGCUAGGCCUUAGUGUUCUGUUUCUCCUCUCAGCAUUUGUCCCGGACCAAGUUGUUCCUUUAAACUGUAUAAAGUCCAGUACAGAUUUCCUUUUAACCUGCACAUUGAGCUUUCCUCCCAUACCAUAUUCAUGCUUUGAUCUUCAACCAUUUAUAAUCACCAUCACUCCAUUUUACCUUUGCUUCUACUCUUCUCCCUGGGCUGGUCAGUAUUUCUUCACCUUCACUUUUUAAAUAAUUUUUUCCCCUGUUAGGCAGAAGCAAAUACUGAACCUAACCUUAAUUUCUCUAGUACUAUCCGACUGCCUAUAGGCAUCCAGUGCAUCCCUAUCCCCCUUAAUUUGGCCAGCAGUGCACUGGCAUCUAAGAGCUUUUUGAAACUUUAAACGAUACCAGGACUUAACCUUGCCCCCCUGCCAAUAUAGUUAUAUUUAAGCCUCUAGAUAGGUGUAAUCAAGCAUUCUUUUGGGUUUCACAUUUUCAGAUCAACAGUAAAGAUGAACCACAUGAUUGCUUACAUGCUGGUGUAAACCUGUGCCAAGUGGCUCUGGUCUCUACUUUUAGCUCCUGGUUAAAAAGGGAUGGUUCAAGCUCUGUUGUGAACCCCUACAAACUGCCACAAAUUUAGAAGAAGGGUUUUAGAAACUUGUAGUAACAUCAUCACUGUAAUUGUGCUCAAUUUUUCACUGUAGCUCACUUAUUCUAGCUCGUAAAAUGAUUAGAAGCUGGCCCCUCACCACUGCUCAAAUUUUGCUGUGUCAUGUACUGAACAUGUAACUUGCAGCCUUUAACACCUGUUUAUAAUAAAGGGAUUAACACUUCAGGCAUAAUAAACCUUUUCCCCCUACAUUGGAAAGAUGAAAAGAGGUUUAAAUUUUCAAGACUAAACAUUACUGUCCCUUUUACGUCCUUAAUCUUGGACAGUUUUUAAAUGUUACUGGCAGUUGAGUAGCUGCUACAUAGUAAGGACAUAUAGAUUUUAUCCACUGCGUCGACCAAAAAAAGCAAUGCUAGACAGGUAAGAUCUUGGGAGGUUUUUCUCAGUGCUAGGAAUAGGAUAUACAAACCUAUUGAAAUGCCUGCAGUCCUGGAUGAAGGGGUUUGAGGUGAUUUCCCUGAACCAUGGGAAGGAUUACAAUUAUUCAGGGAUAAGGAGUAUGUUCUCAGGUCAUAUUCAAACCAAAGAAUAAUGGACACAAUUAAGGUAGAACCUAGCAUUUUAUUUAGAUCUUCAUUAAACUGUUGGAAUUGAGAACCAGACAUACGUAAUAAACCUCCAAAAAUAGAUCCUGAAAGGCACUUUCUGCUUAGGGCAAGCAGUCAUGGAAUAAGCAUGUAAACAAGCUGGCUUCUCUGUACCACACCAGCCAAGUCAGCUUUCUCCAUGGCCAGCUGCACCAGCUCUGCCCUCCCUUCUAUUAACACCAGCCAGACCCCCUGUAGGUCUAACCCAAGGUUUUUCUGUAGGACACCUUGGCCUACCUGGGAAUGCUGGAAACAUGUUGUUAAAGGAAUCAUGGUGUUGAGGAA